UUUUGCAACUUUGUCCUGGACCAGCAACACUUUCGCAUUGCCAUUUUUGACACUGGCUUCAUUCCGAAGUUCAUUGAUGAUCUCAUAUGCACUUCUGUUCUCAGGUCAAAUUUUGAUUGGGGGAAUCAACUUUUUGAAAAUGUGUCUCAGCGGAAUGUUGCUAAGGUUGGAAAUGAUCCGGGUAAUUGGAAAAGUUCGAAUGAUAUACGUACCAUAAUCUCAUUUGGGCUUACUAGGCAACUUAUUAAGCGAGAUUUUCUCCUACCCAGCCGCACAUCCAUUGGUGAACUUGAGCGAGUUGGUUUGAUCUAUCUCUCUAAGUCUCAAUAUGAAUGGUAUACCAUUGUUAUGCCAUUCGUACUUCUGAAGGUACUCAACAAAAGCCUCAAGGCGUCUCUAGUAGAAACUGUGUUUCCAGAUCACCUUCUCUUCAUUCCAACACAUGAUUCCCCUUGGCAAUGGAGAGACUUUGAACUUCUAUACGGGUAUUACCAAAAGGCUAUUAUCGAUAGUUUAAUCAAUGUCAAGGAGUCAAAAUUGUUAUCCACUAAUUAUAAAAUUCAGCUACUCCAAUUAAAAGAAGAAACUGAUAGCAACAGAGAAUUUCAAAUCACUAAUGAAAUCGAAAUGCAUAAGAGAUAUCUUACCAAAGAAAUGAGCAUGAGCUGGCAAUUAUCUGAUAUAUUUCGUGGUGCAUUAGGUGCUGAUACACUUCUCCAACGCAAGGUACGAUUACAUAAUCCCAAAGUCUUUAAUGAAAGUAAGAAGUUUCUUGCAAAGACAGACGACGUUGCAAGUUUUGAAAAUUCAGUUUUAUGUGAUGACAAUGUAACCCGCUCACUUGAGGAAGGCAUUUUUCGCUGUUACCAAGGGAAUGCUAAUAUUGAUCACCGCUGGAUUUUUGAUUCUGCCGAUAAUGGAAAAAAAUUGGCGAUCUUUUCGCAAAUCAAGUAUUCAGAACGCGAUGUAACAACUACUAUUUCUACACCAGAAAUUAAGAGAUGGUAUGAAAUGACAUUAGAAUCGGUAAAAAAUUACGAAACUGAAUAUGAUAUA